CUGAAGCAAACACGACCUCCGGCGCCGACGGGAGCUGCGAGCGAGCAGCAGGCAGCGUUGGGGCUACGUCAGUAGGGGCGCGCGGUUUAGACUCCGGCUCUUUAAAACGGUGUGUAAACUGAGAUGCUCCCUUAGAGAGCCGCACGCCAGCAGCCGUUUGGAGUGCAGCAGCGGGCGGCCUUCCAACGCAGUCACCCACAGCUCUCCUGGCACGCGCGCGCCCGCCGCCCCUCGCCGUCAAGUUAGGCUUGCCCCGAAAAGCUCCUCGCCGCCACGCGCUCCGGCUGGUUAGGUAGUUAAGGGGGGAUGUCAGAAGCCCCUUCCACUUCUGGAAAAGCAACUCUGCAGCCGUCGCCGUUUGCCCCCGCACUGCCUUGGCACCAUGGACACCGCCGCGGUUGCCGUCGUCCCUGCCCGCGCGUUGCUUCUCCUCAGCGUGCUCGGGUUGCCGUCCGGACUGGGGACGCGCCAAAGGAGCUGCCCGGCCUUCUGUCACUGUGAGACAGACGGGAUGCUCCAGCGGGUGGACUGCGCCGACCUGGGCCUCACAGGUGUGCCCGCCAACCUCAGCGUCUUCACCUCUUACCUUGACCUCAGUAUGAAUAAUAUCUCUAAACUGCCCUUGAACUCUCUGCAUAAACUCCGCUUCCUGGAAGAGCUACGUCUGGCAGGAAAUGGCUUGACACAUAUCCCCAGAGGAGCAUUUGCUGGACUCCUUAGACUUAAAAUAUUAAUGCUUCAGAACAAUCUGCUAAGACAAGUUCCUUCUGAAGCACUUCAGAACCUACGGUCUCUCCAGUCCCUACGUCUGGAUGCUAACCAUAUUAGCUUCAUACCUCCCAACUGUUUCAGUGGCUUGGUGUCAUUGAGAUACCUGUGGCUAGAUGACAACUCUCUGACUGAAAUUCCAGUACAAGCUUUCAGGAGUUUGCCAGCGCUGCAGGCAAUGACACUCGCAUUGAACAAAAUCUACUACAUUCCAGAUUAUGCUUUUGGAAAUCUCUCCAAUUUAGUAGUGCUGCAUCUCCAUAACAAUAGAAUCAACUCCUUGGGAAAGAAAUGCUUCCAUGGCCUCCAUAGCCUAGAGACUUUAGAUUUAAAUUACAACAAUCUGAAUGAAUUUCCCACUUCUGUCAAUGUCCUCAGAAACUUGAAAGAACUGGGAUUUCAUAAUAAUAAGAUUAGGUCAAUACCUGAACAGGCAUUUAUGGGCAACCCAUCACUUAUAGCAAUCCAUUUUUAUGAUAAUCCUAUCCAGAUUGUGGGAAAGUCUGCUUUUCAACAUUUACCUGAACUCAGAACCUUAACAUUAAAUGGUGCCACAGAGGUAACAGAAUUUCUUGAUUUGACUGGGACAACAAGCCUGGAAAGCUUGACUCUUACAGGAGCCCAGAUCACAACUCUUCCAGAUUCAAUUUGUGAGCAACUCCCUAAUCUCCAAGUGCUAGAACUUUCAUAUAAUCAUCUGGAAGAAUUGCCCUGUUUCACAGCUUGUGAAAAACUUCAGAAAAUUUCUUUACAUCACAAUGAAAUAUAUGAAAUCCAAGCAGGUACAUUUCAGCAGCUGGCUGCCCUCCGUUCCCUGGAUUUAGCUUGGAACAAAAUCUCCAUCAUUCAUGCCAAUGCAUUUUCCUCUUUACUGUCCCUUAUUAAAAUGGAUCUGUCAUCCAAUCUUUUGUCUUCUUUUCCUGUUACUGGUCUGUAUGGUUUAACUCAUCUAAAAUUAACAGGAAAUUAUGCACUACAAAGUUUGGUAUCAUCUGAAAACUUUCCAGAACUCAAGGUGAUAGAAAUGCCUUAUGCUUAUCAGUGUUGUGCCUUUAGAGCACAUGACAACUACUAUAAAAUCCAAAAGCAAUUGAACAAAGAUAAGAAUGGUAGUGCUGAUGAAUUUCAAAGUACAGAUGUUGGCAGUUUCCAUACAAACGAUGAACAUGAUUUUGAGGAUUUGUCUCUUGACUUCAAUGAAGAUUUGAAAACUCAUCAUUCAGUUCAGUGCUCUCCUUCUCCAGGACCUUUCAAGCCCUGUGAUUGCCUCUUUGGUAGCUGGCUGAUCAGAGUUGGAGUUUGGACUAUAGUACUUUUAGCCUUCAUUUGUAAUAUAUUGGUGAUUGCAACAAUCUUCCAAAUUCCACUGUACAUCUCCUCCAUAAAGUUUCUGAUUGGAUUAAUAGCUAUUGUAAAUACUCUCAUGGUUGUGUCUAGCGGUGUGCUUGCUAGUGUGGAUGCAUUAACCUAUGGAGUCUUUGCUCAGUAUGGCACUUGGUGGGAAGAUGGAAUUGUUUGCCACAUCAUUGGCAUUCUCUCCAUCUUUGCUUCAGAAACUUCUGUUUUCUUGCUCACCUUAGCAACUGUUGAGCAUGUGUUCUCUGUGAAAUACAGAACAAAGUUUGAAACCAAACCCACCUUAGCUAACAUAAAAAUAGCCAUCAUCUUUUGUUUUGUACUGGCUUUAAUCAUUGCUGUGAUUCCAGUGCUCAGUGGCAGUGAAUAUGGAGUUUCUCCCCUAUGCAUACCCCUACCUUUUGGGAGACCAUCAGGUGUGGGUUAUAUGGUAGCAAUGGUCUUAAUGAACUCUUUUUGUUUUCUUGUAAUGACAAUAGCAUAUACAAAACUCUACUGUAGUCUGGAUAAGGGAGAAAUGGACAAUAUUUUGGACUGUUCCAUGGUCAAACACGUAGCCUUAUUACUUUUUAUUAACUGCAUUCUCUAUUGUCCUGUGGCCAUCUUAUCAUUUUCAUCAUUAUUAAACCUUCAUUUUAUUAGCCCAGAAGUCAUCAAACCAAUACUUUUAGUGAUUGUUCCCCUUCCUGCAUGUUUAAACCCACUUCUCUACAUACUUUUUAAUCCUCAUUUCCGGAAAGACCUGAGAAGCUUUCAAAAGCAGUCAUUUGAUUGGAAAAUAUCAAAACAUGCUAGUCUGGUCUCUAUGAAUUCAGAGGAUGCAGAGAAACAGUCAUGUAAUUCAACCCAAGCUCUAGUAACCUUUGCAAGUACCAGAAUAUCAUAUGAUAUUGUUCCCAGCAAUCCAGUAGUGCCAUCAUCCUGCCAAUUGAAUGAAAGUUGCAACCUUUCAUCAGUCACAUUUGUCCCAUACCGUUAACUUCAUCUCAGAGGUAUCUGUGAGGUGUACAAAAUAAAUAGGUGAAUUGAAUGUGUAUGUAUUGCUUAUAAAGAAAGAGAGCAAUAACCAACCAUUCUUAUUUUAUGGAAAAGAAAACUGGAAUUAUGAUAUUUCAGUAAACACACAUCAUUAGCUGCUUUUUCAAAAAUACGCAUGUCAGUUAUCAUUUAGUAUCCUGAAAAAUUCCAAAGCCCACUAGCAUUUAUGCUAUUGACUUGGAACUUUGGAAAACUCGAAGGAAAAAAAAAGUAGAUUCCAAGUAAAGUAAGUAAAGAUCCCUCUUGGGAUCUUUUUGUUGUUUUAAUGAAACUUCCACUCAACUAUUUUGCCAAGUAAAGAGGUAAUAAUAUACCAAAAAAGCCUACAUACAAAUAGUCCUUGCUUACUGACUGCCUCAUUUAGUGAUUGUUCAAAGUUAUGAUGGUAUUAAAAAAAACAGCUUUGGACCAGUCCUUGCAUUUACAACUGUUGCAGUAUCCCAUGGUCACGUGUUCACCACUCACAUACUUCACAACUGACUUCCGACAAACAGAGUUAAUUGAGAAUGCAAAAGUAAAAUUGCAAGUCAUGGUCAUGUGAUGUCUCGCUUAACCACCAAAUAGGAAGUGAUGUUGUAAGCUUGUUGCAGUCCCAUGAUUUUCUACUUAGUGUCCGUGGCACUUAGCGACAGAGUUGCCAGUCCCAAUUGUAGUCACUUAAGCAAGGACUUCCUAGUAUUCUUAAUGCACAAUAUAUACCUGAGCUGCCCUGAAUAUUCUUUUUGUAAUAUGUGUGAAAGUCAAGAGCAUUACAUGGAUAAGGGUAUCCUGAAAAGUGAAAAUACUAAAUAGAAAUGGCUUCUGGUCUUUGCAUAACUUGUUGGCAUCUGGCAUCUGAGAUUCAGCUUUAUCAAUAGAGGCAAAUAUGUGUAGCUCAGGGUUGAACUGUGGAGUCCUUGGGGUUCUCUAAGCUUGGUUUUUU